AUGCUUAUGCAGUGUUCAGUAAAUAUUGGAACAACAUUGUCUGCCAAACUAAGUACAAUUUUGCUGAAGCAGUAUGAAGUCAAUAUCGACUUUUUAUUAUUCCUACUCAGAGUCACAACUGUCUACAACUUAAACUGCUCCGAAAUCGAUUUAGAUUUUCAAAGAAGGAUUAAGGAAGGUGAGGAUCGUUAUAAUGAUCUCGCAAAAAGAAUUGUUCCUUAUGGGAACUGCUGGAAAAAAUCUCUUGAAGAUUUGCAUCGAGGGUGUAAACAAUUAACUGAAGAAUCCCAGAGUCGACUGGCACUUUCCUUUGCAAACUGCUUUUUAGAGCAUUCUGGUUCAACGAUAUGUAACUGUCCUCCCGACACUCCAGUAUCGACAUGCCUAAGAAACAGCAGCGAUCGGGUUUUCAGUACUUACACCGAGUUUUUUACUCAUACCCAAAGCAUCUGCCAUUAUUUACAGCACAGAGAAUGGCAAGAGCGGACAGAAAAUACCGUCCUCAAACUGUCAAAGACGUCAGAAGAAGUGUCUGAGAAACUAGAGGAAACGACAAAAUAUCAAACUCAAAUGCUUGAUAUGCAACAAUUAGCCCUUGAAGAGCAAAAAAGAUUAAUUUCCAAUGGAAAAAUAUUAAACCAUGAACUACAAAAGUCGAGAUUACAUGCUCGAGAUGUUUAUGAGGAUCUUAAGUCAACGACAGGUGAACAAAAACUUCUGAUUUUUGAAGUUUUUGAUCGCAUUAAAAGUUUACAGAACCUGGUUUUGGGUGAGUUUACCGGUGUAUAUACAAUUGCAUACUAUUUAAUAGGGACUAUUUUAGUGUACGUUGCUACAUCAAUCUCAAGAACUGCUGAUGCUCGAAUUUGGUUGCUGUUGAUUAUAUCUGCAAAUAUGGUUGCUGAAAGGGUGAUUACAUCAUAUACAUUGGAUGAAGGAAUACUGAAACAUGCUCUUGGAGAUUCAAGUGUUCUUGUUUAUGAAAGAAUAUGGUUGUGCAGGAAGGUGACUUGUGUUGUUGCUAUUGUUGUUCUGAUAUGUUUUUAUUGCCGCUAUAAAGACUAUAAUGCCAUCAACAAUCAGCUGCUGAGAGAAAUUCAACAGCAAAAUGUAGAAUUGAAAAAUUUUAUCAAAAGUUUAAAUUUAAAUGAAUUACCUCAAACACCAAUCAAGUAUAAAGAAGCUGAAAUAUAUCCACCAGUCCUGGAAACUUCAAUUUCUGCGGAUAAGGAUCAGGCUGCAGAAAAAAUAGAAUCCUUUCCCAAAGAAGAAUCAAGCAGUAAACCAAGGUCCAUUUAUACCAAAAAGGCUGUACCUAAAAAGGCUAUUUUGGGAAACAUAUCGUUAGAUGCUCUUGAGGUUACAAUUUUGCACGAAUACAUUGGUAAAGGGUAA